AACGAAUGAGCUUUUCACUUUUUAAUAGCAUGAAUACCGACAAAUGAAUUGCUGAGUUAAAAUCAAUCUGUCAGUUUCAAGUACAAAUAUUGUUGGAAUCGAAAAAAUUUAAAUUUUGCUUAGUUGAAAAUGGAUUAUCAAGUUUUAAUCAAGUCAUUCUUGAGUGUCAUCUUAACAGUGACAAUUUUCCCAUCUUCAGUAUCUUCAUUACGAGAAAUUGAAUUUUUAUCAAGCUUAUUCCAAGACAGAUAUGGUAAUGCAAUACCAUCAGAAAUCUUGAAUGGAGUUUUGGAUCGAAGAAUGGACAAAAUCAAUGAACUCAAAGAAAAUGGUAAUUUGACUUCAGAAGAGUUGGUUUUUUGUGAUUUUGCUAUUCAUUCAUUGGAAUUUAUGCAAGUUUUGUUGAAAUCAUCACAAGAAACUGAACAUCUGGCUCACGAUAUUCUGAUCAAGUCUUACAUGGACAUCGUCCAAUCGUUUCAUUCCCUCUUCAACGAUACAAAAGUGCCUUCAAUAGAGUAUGAAUCAGUUGAAAGUUUAAAUAAAGUGAUGAAUGAAUAUUCAAACCUCACCAACUAUCCAAUGGAAAAGAUGAAGAUGCUAAUAAAAGAUUAUAAAAGUGACUUUAAUCUGUUAAUCGACUAUAGAAUGGAUGAGAAACGCAAUUCGGCUCUACUCAUUGAUGCUUUAGAAACGCUCCAAUGUGAAAUUGUCGCUACAGCUGAAUCGGAUGAUAAACUAAAAGGAUUCAAACGGAGAAGUGCUAAACAAGAAACGAUGAGAAUUGCUUGGCAGCGAUUUGAGUUGAUUGUGAAAGUAUUUAAGAAGAGAUUCAUCAACUGAAUUCUGAAUCAAACAAUCUAAGCUGAAUAUCCGCAGAAUAUUGAUAGAGAACUGCUAAUACAAAUUGUAGUUCCAAACUAUUGUGUUGUUCAGUAACAUUAUUUUUCAUCGAUUUUACUUGCAAUUUAUUUGCAUUACCUGAGUCUUUAAUUUUUUGCUUUUAGUUCUUUUUCUUUUAAAUGCAUAAAUGAAUUUCCGCAAAUUGUAUGGAGUAAAUCAGUUAUAUCAGAAUAAAAUUGAAUAAACUUGUUCUUUUGAAUUUACUUACGAUUA